ACUCAAUCGAGACUGGCGGGGUGUGUUGCUGAGUCAGCCAAUCAGCAGCCAAGGAAGGGUCCAUGUCAGGCGAACGAUGAGAGAGCUUGCUUGUUUAGAGGGUGCGGAGAGCUCAGCCAAACGUCACCAACCGGGCACACGAACGACAUCCACCACCAUCCACCCCGCCCUCUACACUGUCGCCAUAUAUCCGCAUACCAGCCAAUUCUAAGGCCAGCCACGACACAACCGAAAAGAGCACAAAAGAAACACAAUGGCUGCUCAGCUCCUGAGGCAGGCGGCCCGCGCUGGAGCGGGAUGCCGACCUCCCAUGGCGACUGUCUCGCGCGCAUUCCAGACCAGUGCUGUCCUCAGGCAGGAUGCAGUUGCUGCGCCAGUCAAGAAGCCUGUCGGUGCUUUUCGCGGAGGACUCUUCGGCUUCCUCCUCGGUGCGACCACAUCAGGCGCAGGCAUGUACUAUUAUGUCAUUGACGAAUACCGCGUUUCCAACCAGCUCCUCACCGAAGACAUUUACGCUCUCCAGUCGGCCGUACAGCGGAUAGAGGGCUACGUUCGUACCCUCGAGGAGAAGGUCGAUGCGAAAAAACGAUAAAUACGUCCUUUUUCGGGAUUCUGAGCGAUUGACGGACAUUUGGUCAAAUCCAUCGGGAGAGAAUGCACAUAUGGGAGACAGCGACCGACAGAUGGCAUAACUUAACGUGGGGGUUCAAGCGGGAUGCAGCGGAUAUGUACAUUACCACAACAGUCUUUGCUCGCUUCAUUCUGAAAUUGCAACAUUGUGGCAAGUAUCCUACAGUGUAUCAAACAGAUUUUGUCAACGACAAUGCUAAUCAUCAAUGUGUACAAUGGCUGGCAAUCGAUAUAUUGGUAGCGAAGCGGCUAACGCCUAUUUCAUAUUUCUUCUCUAUUAAGUCCCGAUAUGUGUCGGAAGCGUUAUAUGCACAGGACACCGGACUCUUGUUUAUUCAAGGCGCAAACAAAGAAAACUACUAUAUGCAGCUUAUCAUGUAUUCUUUUCUAGGC